AUGGAGAACCUGGCCGCAUGGAUCAAAUUCCCAAAGACCGACGUGGUUCUUGAAACCACGCUCAAAUACACGCCGGGCAUUGGACAAGUCUUGGUGAAGGUGGAGUCUAUUGGAUUCAACCCAGUGGAGCCUAAGAUACAGAAAUGGUCCGCUCUCCCCUUCAAAUACCCGGGCAUUCUAGGAAUCUCGUUUGCUGGUACCGUUGAACAAGUCGGACCUUCCGUGACUUCCGUUAAAGUCGGGGAUCAUGUGGUCGUGAGCAAAUCGAACGAAGACGGGGAUGAUGCUAGUUUCAGUGCGUACCAGAAAUUUGCCCUUGCACGGGUCUCCCGGUUGGCCAAACUGGACCAAAACGUCUCACUCGAUGCUGCGGCUGUCUCCAUCACGAACUCCGCGACUGUUGUUGCCGCUCUUUCCGCCAAACUAGGCUUGCGCCGCCCCCCGGUGACAGGAAAGUUAGAGCCAAAUGGCAAAAAAGUCCUGAUUUACGGUGGCUCGUCGAACUGUGGAGGACACGCAGUCAAAUAUGCGUCGGACGCUGGUUACGAGGUGAUCACCACGUCCUCCCCAGGUCGUAAAGAUAUUGUCCAGCAGCUGGGCCCAGCUCAAAUUAUCGAUCACACUAUUCCUAAGGAGCAAUUAAUUGAGCGUUUGAGGUCUCAUGGUCCGUAUGAUGCCGUUUUUGACGCGAUCGGCCUCCCUGCUGCAACCGAGAUCUUGGUGGCCAUGUUCGGAGACGAAACAGUCUCAUACCAUUCAACACUUCCGCCUAUGGGCCCCGUUCGCGUUCCUUCCAAUAUCACCAUAAACUUUGCCAGUUACCCGUCUCUGUUAGACCAGCCCGAAAAUGAGGAGAUCCGUUCUUGGUUCUUUGAGACAUAUUUCCCCCAGGGCCUGUGCAAUGGACAGAUUCUUCCGGGAGCUAUUAUGAAGAAAGACCGAGGACUGAAUAGCAUCCAAGGAAUUCUUGACAUUCUGCUGGAAAACCCGACAAAGCGGUUUGUUUGCAACCCUCAAGAUACCGAGUGA